AUGUGCGAAGUUGGGAAUAUGCUCAUCAACUACACCAGCGAUAACCUGCCCACGCUAAUGUCGUGCGCGAUGGCCAACGAGCCGGCGCUGUGCGCGCAGCUUGUGGGUGACGCCACGGCGGUGAUGGGCACGUGCCAGUCCAAAGGCUACGACAUCGACAAAAUCGGCACCGCGUUGGCGUGUGGCGCCAAGGAGACGCUGGAGCCACUGUAUAACUCGUCGAUCGUCCCCGCCUACAAGAAGUGGUGCAACAAUCUCAACGUGACGCAGGUUAUGAACCAGAUUUGUACGGUCAUCACUGGAGUCCUGAACAAUAACACUAUGCUGCAGAAGUUGUUCAAUAAUAUGAAAGCCCGCUCGUAUGUCGGCUGGCUCCUCGACCUCGCCGAUCCGAAACUCCCAAAGUACUGGGCGAGGUACCAAAGCUUCAGGGACAAGUCCACGGUGGCCUGCCUGACGAAGCCGAUGACGUGCAACUGCUCGGUUGUUGUUAGCGGUAUGGCUGGCGAUAUGACGUCGGGG